AUGACGGCGGCGACGAGCGUCAGCAAGAGGCUGUACGAGUUCAGCCCGUUCAUGGUGCAGCUGCAGGACUGCUCCUUCGUGCGGGAGACGUUCACGUCAAUCAGCAACAACAACUGCCCUAGGCUCCAGCAAUACAGCCGGGACGUCUACGUCGGCCUCGUCGUCAUCUGUGCCGGCGGCAUGCUGUCCGUCGUCGCAUCAGCAGGGGAUGAUGGCAGUGGACGUGGAAGUCACACGCACCUCUGA